CACUGAGAGCGGAGCGGCGUUGGGAGGAGUGGGAUGACGGUGAUUUUCAGCAGUGAUCUCAGCGUGCAGCAGCGCUGUGGGUGUGGGUCCGUGCUGCCUUCACGGCGCCUCGGACACUUUCACUUUCGAGCUGAGGCGGAUUAAGCCAUGGCGGAGUUGGAUCUGAGUCUGAGCGACGCGCUGACGGACUGCGUCCCCCAGCCGGGCCAGGAGGAGCGAGUGGAGAGAGACUUCGUGGCUCAGCUGGAGGCGGAAACCUUCGACGACCAGGUCAAGGAAACGGUCGGAAAGACGGACUACAUCCCCCUGCUGGACAACGACGACACCAGAGCAGACGCGGGUGCUGCAUUGGAGAAUGGAGAGCAGGAAGCUCAUGGGGUACAAAAGCCUGGUGUUAAAGCGCCGUCCGGGGCCCUGGAGCCGCAGGGAGAGGUGCGGCCGCCAUCACUGGACCAGCAGCACGCCGCAGAUUCACUCUUCCUAUCAGCCUCCAUGGCAGGGUUUGCUGAUCCCCUGGGCUCUCACAGCAGCCCGGCCCCGCUGAUGGACGCUGACCUUCUGGGAGCCUUUUCAGGCUGCUCCCAGCCGGAUGGGAUGGGGAUGGGUGGGGAGGUGGGAGUCGCCCCCCUCCAAGCAGACAAGCCCCCCAGCAUGGCAGAGAUCCACCACCCCGGCCCCCCGGCCGGGUCAGACGCCUGUAAGGAGCACCGGCCCAUGCAGCCCGAGCCCCAGCCUCCUCGUAGCCCUCUGGAUCUGUCUGCAGGUGCCCUAGGCGACUCCUGGCCAGACGACACUGGCUGCUUGCCGACAGACGCACCUUUGACUCCGACUGUCUCCGUGGUGUUUGAUAAAGAAGCGGGCCAACCUGCAGUCAGUCCGGACGAUCUACCCGAGAGUUGGCCUAGCCGCGAGAGCGUUGCCUAUGCUGGAGGCGACGAAAGAAACGGAGACGGAUCGGACCGAAAACAGAAAAAGAAGAAGAAAAGGCGACAGAAGGAUGAAGGAUUUGAGCACCCGGAGAGCAGGGCCCAACACGAGAUGCAGUCCAUGGAGGAAAACACUCCCCCGGCAGACGACUUUUAUCACAGGAUUGGCCCGAGGAGGGAUAGAGGUGAGGUCGGAUGGGAGGAGCAGCUUGGAAAAAGUGGAGGCCGAGGAAAGAGAGGUAAAAACAGAAAGAAGCUUCCAGAGGAAUGGGCAGUGAUGGCCGAACCCUUGGAUCCCUCACCUGCAGGGACCUGUCCAAGUAAAGAUGAAGGGAUGUUGGGUCUGGAGGGUUCAGCAUCCGUGGCGAUGGAUAUGGAGAUGGAUACCAGCCAAAACCCCUGGAAACAGGAGGCUGACGGAGAAGAGGGCUGGAAUUCUGCCCCCCCGUCCCAGGAGGCUGCUGGGAUCAGCCCGCUGGCCCUGAACAGUGAGCUGAAAGCAACAGCUGCUCCCUUCACCAUGCCCUCCUCCACCAGCAAGGCAUCGCCCGGCUCCUUCACAGAUCUGCAAGACCUCUUGAUGGACAGCGAAGACGCCUCGUUGGGUCACAGCAACCAGGCUUUGCCCGCACCUUUCUCUCCAGGGAGUGAAGCGGCGAAGGGUGACGUGGUUGACAGUGUCAUGUUUGACACCACUCGUCCCCAUGAAUCCUCUGUGCAGGCCACACCUGAAGGAGACACCUCAGCGUUCAGCCCGGCCUCCCAGGCAAGCUUAGCCAUGUCCCCAACAACCGAGGUGUUGGCUUCAGCCCCCCCUCUGUCCCCCACCGAUGCCUCGUGGCUCUUAAAUGACUCACACAUGAGCGCCAACAACAACGAGUUAUUUGACUUCAGUGAGAUUAGCUCUUCGGGUCAUUCGUUACCAUUAGGCCUGUCCUUUGACACCCCGAGCCCCGCCCCUCUCCGUUCCCCCAAAACCACAGCGCAAGAAUUCCAGUCCAAGGAGCACAAAGAGGCCAAAUCAACCCAGAAGCAAUCCAGGAAGUCCCGCUCUUCAUCCUCGUCCUCCUCCGUUAAGAGCCCCACUUCCCCCGAAGCCAAGCAGCUUUCCCCGCAGGUAUCUCCUGCUACCACCCCGGCCUCUCCUCCAUCUGUCUGCCCUCUGGGCGCCCCGGGAUCUGCUCUUAAUCCCGCAGCUAAGCCUUUCUUUCCCAGCUUCGCUGAUCCGAUGGAAGAGCCAGUUGUGCCCCCUCAAGUUGUCCCCGUCAUGGAAGUUAAAUCUGAAAAGAUGGAAGACGUAGAAGAGAGGAAGGGAAAACUGGAGGACAGCAUGAAAAAGGUGGAGCCGUGGGACUCCCAGGAUAAACCUGAACAGAGAGGUGUGAGGGUUGAAUUCACAAAUAAUGAAGCUCCGGCCAAAGUGGAGAAAGAGGUAGAGAAGGAGUGGGAGAAACACGACGGGGCAGUGAAGGUUAAAGAAGAAGAACAAGAACAAGCAGUCACAAUCACGGGAACGGAGACACGAGCAGAAAUGUUGAAUGAAAAAAGGGAUGCUGAAGAGUCAAAAGAGAAAGUGGAGUCGGUUCAAGUGAAGGAAGAAAAGGAGGACAAAGCUCCCGAGGCGGAGGAAGCACCGCUCACACUGGACAGGCCGGCCAAGACGGGACAAGAGGAGGCGCUGAUCAAAGUAGAGAGCAAAGUCCAAAACACAGAGCAUGUGGUAAAGAUAGACAAUAUGGAGAAGUUCAAACUGGAAGACAAAGCGGAGGACAAAACCACGGAGAUGAAGGAGAACAAAGAGCAGCACUUCAACCAAGUAGCAACCACCUCAGAGCAACAACCGACGGCCAGCAAGCUGGACGCCGCCUCUGAAAACACUGAGAAGAAAGCUGAGCUGGAGAUACAAGCAACAGCACUGGUGGAAGAAGAAAAGAAAGAAAAAGACGGCACAGAAAAAGUAGAAAAGGUGGAGAAAGCGGAUGAGACAGGUCGGCCAUCCGAGGAGCCUGGAAAAGGAGCAGCAGCAGCAGCAAAGAUCCAAAGAGAAGAAAAGCAAGACAAGCUGCGGGAGGACAAGAAGCCUGCAGAGAAGAGAGACGACAAGAAAGAGAAGGCUGGCCAGAGGGACGGACGGGAGAAGCUGCAGAAAGCUGGGAGCGUGCCGCAGAGCAAAGAGCUGGGCAGCGGGGACAAGAAGACCAAGCCGGCUGCUGGAGUGACCAAAGCAGCCGUCGCUGGCCGAACACGGCCGGCCGCAGCAGCUGUCGGCGGUUCAGCCGCAGCCACGGCUAAACGCCCCACCCCCUCCUCCAUCAGCAGCACCACAGACAGAAAAACCACCACCCCCCGGUCCCCGGCCACAGCUGCUGCUGCCGGGCCUAAGCGGCCCGCCCUGGCGGCCUCCAGCCGCGCCCCGUCAGCCCUCACCUCCAGCCGCCCCCUGUCAGCCCUCACCUCCAGCCGCCCCCCGUCAGCCCUCACCUCCAGCCGCCCCCUGUCAUCCUCCACCUCCACCACCGCACGGGACCUCAAACCCAAGACCACCACAGAGAAGCGCCCCCUUGUGCCAAAGGCCAGCACUACAACUUCAAGUCAGUCUGGCUCCGCUGCUGCCACCAAAAACGGGACUGUUGCCCCGGCGACCAGCAGGACGGCUGCAUCCACGCGCACAGCCGCGUCCACGCGCACAACCGCCACCGCUGCAGCCAAGAAGCCUCUGGGCUUGAAAACGGAGAGCAAACCAGGAGAGGAGAAGAGGCGCGUCCCUCUGAAGACGUCUGCAGCUGAUCCCCCCAAGCCCAGGACCACCACCACCAGCACCAGCACACGCAGCACCACGUCAGUCCCCGCUGCCCCCCGCAGCCGGACCACAGCGGGCCGGCCGGGGGCCCCGUCCUCCACCACGGACCCGGAGAAGAAGCCCUCCAUGCCCCGGGCCCCGCGGCCCGCCUCCUCCGCCACGUCGGCCGGGACCGCCGGCUCCAGGCCCCCGGCCAGGCCCGGCACGGCGCCGGCCCCCGACAUCCGCAACGCCCGCUCCAAGAUCGGCUCCACAGAUAACGUGAGGCACCAGCCCGGCGGGGGGAAGGUGCCCCCGGCCUCUCAGAACAGAGGCAUCGCCUCCAAAGACGCCGCCCAGGGCAAAGUUCAGAUAACCUCCAAAAAGGUGGACUUCAGCCACAUCACCUCACGCUUGGGCUCCAAGGACAAUAUGAAGCAUGUUCCAGGUGGAGGGAAUGUGCAGAUACUCAACAAGAAAGUGGAUCUGAGUAAGGUGACGUCAAAGUGUGGCUCCAAGGGAAACAUCAAGCACAAGCCCGGUGGAGGUGCAGUGAAGAUCGAGUCCCACAAAGUGAACUUCAGGGAAAAGGGUCAGUCCAAAGUGGGUUCUAUGGACAACGUGAGCCACAUACCUGGGGGAGGAACUACCAAGGCUGAGGGGGCCCAGGAGACCCCAGAGGGGGGAGCAGCCCCCCUGAGCGGCAGCCCAGCCCUGGCCCCGGCCCCGGGCCCCGAGCCGGGGCCGGCAGGGAGUCCCGUCGCCCAGGAGAACGGGCUGAAGGACCGGGCUCCCUGUGGAGACGAGGCUCUGCAGGAGAGUCUGCAGGAGAGUCUGCAGGAGCCCCCGGCCCUGGACUCACGCAUCCCAGAGACAAAUUGAGUCUUUCAAGCUCAACUUCCGCGAGAAUGCUCGCUCUCGCACGGACCACGGCGCCGACAUCGUCACCUGGCCGGCCUCCUCCCUGAAACCCCCACCAGACCACCCGGCUCUGCCCUCUGUCCUCCAGCACCCCCACCUCCUCCCCGCUGCACCCCAAGGUGCAGGUC